CGCCAGACGUAGUGUGUCAAUUGAUUCAUUAUCGCUUUUACUCUUUUACUUGUUUUCUGUUUUCCCACAUCGACGCCGAUCUCCUGGUAGGGUCACAACCAACAGAGUUUGAAAUUUCCUUGAAGAUAACAGUAAAAAGGAAUUCAAGUACAAUAUGGUGCUCUGGAUCAGCUUUGAAGCACUAUGCAUCAUAACACCAUUACUUCUAUGGGGUCUUUACUGGUACUGUACUAUGACUUUCAACUACUGGAAGAAAAAGAGGAUUCAUUAUAUAGAGCCAGUAAUACUUUUUGGUAAUAUCAAGGACAGAGCUCUUUUCAGAACAUCAUUUCAUGAAUUUCAGAAGGAGCUUUACAGAAGAUUUGAUGGACACAAGUAUGCAGGUUUCUAUGAGGGGCGUCAACCAGUAUUAAUGAUACGUGACCCAGAACUCAUCAAGCUUAUAAUGAUACGUGAUUUUGAGCACUUUGUGGAUCGUGCAACACUGGGAUUGUCAAGCUCUCCAUACUUCAAGAAUAUGUUAAUCAAUAUUAAGGGCCAACAGUGGAAGAAUCUCAGAGCCUUAAUGACACCCACAUUCAGUUCAGGGAAACUCAAGGCCAUGGAGAUUUUGGUGGAACAAUGUGGACAGCAACUUGGAACAUUUCUCCAAAAUGAAACAGGUAACAAGAACAGAGAUGAUAAGUGCACAGAACUGGAGAUGAAAGAGUUGUUUGGUCGCUUCACACUGGAUGUUAUUGCAACUUGUGCUUUUGGAGUACAGUGUGAUUCUCUUAAAGACAGAAAUGCUGAGUUUGUGAAGACUGCAGCCCGCUUUAAUGAUAUCUCUCUCCUUAACCGUCUCUUAAUUUUCUUUGUCAUUUUAUUUUGUCGCCAAUAUGCUCGUUUCUUUCCUAUCAGAGGUGUCAAUAGGCAGGCAAUGGCCUUUCUAGUGGAUGUUUUGAAGAAGACUGUAGAACACCGCAGACAACACAAAGAACAGAAAUGGAAUGAUUUCCUACAAUUGAUGAUUGAUGCUGCUGCACAAGAGAGAGGAGAAAGAAGUGAUGAGAAACAAGACAUCAAUGACACCAAACAAACAUCUGCUACAGUUCUGAAUGAAGAAACAAUUAUUGCCCAGUCCCUGUUGUUCCUGCUAGCUGGAUUUGAAACUUCCAGUACACUUCUUACAUAUGCCAGCUAUGAGCUGGCUCUAAAUCAAGAUAUACAACAGAAAUUACGUAAAGAGGUAGAAGAUGUACUGGGAAAAUAUGGAGGUCACUGUUCAUAUGAAGCAUUACUGGAAAUGACCUAUCUCGAGAUGGUUCUAUUAGAAUCUCUGCGAAAGUAUCCACCUGUGGCAAGAGUUGACAGGGCAUGUACCCAGCCCUACAUCAUUCCUGGCACAAAUAUAGAGUUAGAAGUGGGUACUUCAGUAUGCAUUCCAAUCUUAGGGCUACAUCAUGAUCCUCAAUACUACCCUCAGCCUGAGGUGUUUGACCCCAACAGAUUCACACCUGCACAAAAACUUACCAGGUCCCCGUAUGUAUUCUUGCCAUUUGGAUCAGGACCACGUAACUGCAUAGGUACACGUUUUGCUCUCAUGACCACGAAGAUAGCAAUGGUUCAUCUCAUCAAAGAUUUCUGCUUACAGCCAUCAAUGAAGACUGAUGUACCUCUUAAGUUUAGCAAAUUCAGUACAUUUCUUAAAGCUGAGAAUGGGGUAUGGCUCAAUAUAAAAAGGAAUACGGAGAUCUAAAUUACAUUGCUUUUAUAAUAUGCAGUUCUACAUGCAGAGGUUCACAUCAGGGUAUUAGUUUGUAGGUAUUCAAAAGGGCAAUGUAAGUACAGUAAAAUUGUCAUAAUGUGCCUCACUGUACGGUGGAUUUGGAUAUACUGCAGAUCUAGUCAUGUGUCCCAAAAUGAUUCAUUUUUUUUUCUUUUUAAACAACUCUGUUUCAAAUUUUACUUUGAUUUUUUCUUCUUAAACAACUUUGUUUAAACAGUCGUGUCUAGUUGGUCACUCUGACUAAUCUGACCUUGCAUAUGAUCGGUGAUCUGCUAGGCAGACACCGAACUGCAGAAGAGCAGAAUACUUAUUGGAAGAUGACAGCAUGAAUGAAGAAAUGUGCAAGCUUGAACCCCCUAAAAUUAGCAAAGUAUUCGAUAGCAUCAGUGAAGUAAUGAAUUGGAUGGAAAGAUAGAGCGAUAGUGGUCAUCUUCGUCUGUUACAUUUCCAAAAAAAGUGAGCUGUGAUGAAGAAAUGCCAUCAGCUUUCAUGCCAAAAGAAAAUAUUUGACUAUUUUAAAAACACCAAAUAAAUAAGGCAUGCAUUUAAACCUAUAUAUAAUUUUUAUUGUAAUUUGAUACUAAAUUUCUUAUAAAUAAAAACUUUCACAUUAAACAAUACUAUUUCUCAUGAAAGUUACCAAUAUACUGCAGGUUACCAAUAAUGCCUGUCUUCUAUCUCCCAACACCUGCAUAAUAACCAAGUUUUAUUGUCUUCAUAUAGAACUUAGAUCACAUCACAUUUGAUAUUGAAGUUAUCUUUACACAGUUAUUUUAUGCAGAUCAACUACAGUUUAAUUAUAA